GGCUGGAGAUGACAGUUAAGGCACACCCCUUCGCUGCUCCCCUGGAACAAAGAGUCAUUUCUCGUUAUCUGUGGGGUUUUAACACUGUUAAUCUGUCUAUGGGUUUUAAUCGGUGACCAUGAGCAGUUCACAAUCUUACACACGCUUCGGGGACGACAACUACAAAAACUGGUUGAAAACAACGGAGAGUCUUUCCAUACUGAGGAACUGCAUUAAGGACUUCGUUGAAAAGGAAACCGAAACUUAUCACAACUCUCUUCGAAACAAACCGGAGCUAAAUGGACAGACCUGUAAGAAUACGUGCGCUUUUAAGAAGGAACCGCCUCUCUGCGAAUUGUGUAAAUGCUGGAAGAAAGAAAUUGAGGCCAAAUAUAUUGGGGGGAAAAACAAUAUGCACUGGGAAAACUGCCGGCCACAUCUCUGGUCCACAGAAAAGUGGGAAGUUGCCAAGGCGUAUAUGCCUCGUGGGCACACCAAACAUAACCAGUUUUCACAGUUUGAUGUCUCUGCCAUCCUGAACUUAAUGAGUUCCUGUAAACAUUUCAACAACAUCCCAGGGCACUGUGUGAGAAAUGUCAUAAAUGUACGAAACAGUGCGAUGCACUCCCCUGACUUGAAAAUGAGUAAAGAGGAGAUGAUCAGGCAUCAUGAAACAGUCCUGCAGCUGGCCAAGAAGCUCGAACAUCUUAUCCCACGUCUGAAAGGCUUGGAAAAGGAGAUGAAACAGUUUAAUAACAUCUUGGACAGGAAUUUCAACGAAGCCCCAUGUGAAGUAGACGGCCAACAGGUCGAUAAACAGACCAUGGAAAUUCUGGAUCGCGAGCAGCAAGCAUUGAAAGACAGGAUUGAAGACUUUAUCUCUCGUUUUGAGGGGAACCUAGACGGAAAUGUUGAAGAAAAACCACAGGACAUGAAGAGUCUGCUGGAUUUCCUGGACCAAAACAAAGAUCUCCUGGUGAACCUGGGCCCUGAAGUCGACAAACUUAAAGAUAUGCAGGCAAAAGUAGAUCAACAUGAGAAGGAAAUCCACAACCUGGCAAAUAGAGUGGAGAACCUGGAGAAGGGGACACAUGAUCCUGUUCUUCCUGUCAUCCCACCUAAAUUCAAGAAUCAUCUUUAUGAAUACUGUCAGGCAAAGAAAUGGCCAGGGGACAAAUAUCCCGUUUUUUCAGAGUUACGGGAAGCACAGGGUUAUAGGGCUGAAGUGAAGGUAAAUGGGCAAACUUUCAUUGGCACAAAGGUCUAUACAGACAAAAAGGCCGCCCAUCAGGAGGUGGCAUACAUUGCACUUGAGCAGCUGAAAUUACAGGAUGAAAGCACAGACGAAUCAUCAAGCUCAGUCACACAGCCUGAGGCCUCCUGCUCAACUUCCUCAGGAAUCAAUUUCUUUGGUAAAGUGACUGUGGAUCUUGAUCAAGAAGUUGCGUCUGAUAGAUGCUCUUCAAAGGAAGAAGCAACUGAAGCCGCUUAUAAGGAUUUAUGGGAAAGAUUUCACAUCAGUGCUCCAGCUGAAGGUCGGACAUACAGGUCAUUGAUCAUGGAAUAUUUCCACACACAGUGUUUCCAAAACCCGACAGAAAACUUUGUUCAAAAUGAUGAUGACACAACUAUUUGCAAACUCAAACUCAUCGGCCGUUUUACUUUUUAUGACAAAGAUGGCUCCACCAAGAAAAAACAGGCUGAGCAACAGGCAGCUAAAGUUGCUCUGCAACAUCUGUCAGGGAUCCUCAACGGUGCUCCAAUAUCAGACACUGAGAAGAACUUCAAAGUUGAACUGAAGGAGCGUCUUGAUAAGCUGGGUCUCAAAAGUCCCGUUUAUGACACAGAGAAAAAAACAGAAAUCAGUGAUGAGCAUGUGACCAGCGGUAUCAGCUCGGGCCUGGCUACUUCUGCAGUAUCUAUCAGUCAGGCAACAGAGAAAGAUCAUUCAGAGCUGAAGUCUAAAAGUAUCUCCACAACAGCACAACUCCCAGAGCCAGUCCCUGUUCCUGUGCUGCUGGACCCUCAAGAAUCCAGUUCUCCAGCCACACAGAAGAAAAAGCCCAAGAUUGAUUGUCCAGGAAUCACUUUCUUUAGUAAAGUGACUGUGGAUCUUGAUCAAGAAGUUAAGUCUGAUAGAUGCUCUUCAAAGGAAGAAGCAACUGAAGCUGCUUAUAAGUUUUUAUGGGAAAAAUUUUGCAUCAGUGCUCCAGCAGAAGGUCAGACGUAUAGGUCCGUGAUCAUGGAUCAUUUCGACACCAAUGAUUUACAAAAGCCAACAGAAGAGUUUGUUGAUGAUGACAACUACGCUAUCUGCAUACUCAAAUUCAAAGGACCUUUCACUUUUUAUGACAAAGAUGGGUCCACCAAUAAGAAACAGGCGGAGCACCAGGCAGCUAAAGUUGCUCUGCAGAAUCUGUCAGGGAUCCUCAACGGUGCUCCAAUAUCAGACACUGAGAAGAACUUCAAAGGUAAAUUGAAGGAGUGUCUAGAUAAGCUGGGCCUCAAAAAUCCUGUCUAUGAAACUAAAGAGUAUAAAAAAGACAUCAGCGAAGAGCUGGUGACCAGCGGCGUGAGCCCACACCUUUCAAACUUAUCUAUCAGUCAGGCCGCAGAGAAUGAUCUUUCAGAGUCUAAAAGCAUCUCCACAACAGCACAACUCCCAUCAGGACAAGAGCCAGUCCGUGUUCCUGUUCCUGCACUGCCGGACCCUCAAGAAUCCAGUUCUCCACAGAGGAAAAAGCCCAGGAUUGAUUGUCCAGAAAUCAAUGAGCUUUUUAAUGUAUAUAAUCUCAAGCCCCCACAUGUGAAGUUGGAGAACAUAACAUGUAAUGAGAAUUUUAAAUGUAAUGUGGAAAUCAACCUGGAAAAAUUUACUUUUGUUAACAAACAAGACUACGACAGCAAGAAAGAAGCCACUCGAAAAACCUACCUGUUGUUUGGCCGUGCAGUGUCAAUUUUCGAUUCUAGUUCAGAUGAAAAGACAUCCAGUGCGAAGGUGAAAGAGGUUUUCUCUCAGAAUUCUCUUCCUCUUCCACAAGAAGAUUUUGAAGGCUCUGGGAAGCCAUUUUACUGCUCACUGAAGAACAUAAAUUACAAAGUUAUCUAUACAGGACAAGGGUCCUCAGAGGGUGAAGCCAAAUUAAUUGCUUUCCAGAAUGCCUUGCGUUCACUAGCACCCCUCUUUGGUUAUGAUUCACUAACUGGGGCUGAAAGUGCUGAAGCGGUGCAGAAUCAGCUGAGCUCUAUGCUGAAGGGGGCCGGUCAGAAAGACCCCGUCAUUUACCUGAAGCCUAUGGAACAGGCCAAUAUCCAGCUGUCGUUCUGUGACUAUAUGCUGAAGUGCUCAUGCCAGAGCUCCAAGAAAGCAGCUCGGAAUCAUCUCAGUGCUCGAAUACUGGGCCUUCUGGGGGUAAAGACAGAAGCAAACGAUGUAUCUAUGAGAAACCGUUUAAAUGAGUGGUUCAAACAUCAGAAUCUGCCAGAGCCAACGUUUGGGGACACAGAAGAAGUGAUAGGAGCGAAGGCUACUUUCUCUGUCCCGCUCACCUGCAACAGUUCAGACUGGGAAGACAGCUGGGAUACAGCGAAGACGAAUCUGCUUCAAGUGCUCAAGCAAAGAUUUAGGUUUCUGGAUGACAAAAACAAUUGAAAUCUAUUUUAGCAGAAAGAAAAACACACCACAAAUGCACUAAUUUUGUAAAUUGUGAACACAUUUUGUUCGGUACAAAUUUACAUUUACAUUUACAUUUACAAUUAUUAUUACAUUUAUUACUUGAAUGAAUGAAUGACCAUGGCAUUUAAUGAAACAUUUACAAAUAUAUAUACCAAUAUAAACACUAAAUCAUUAAAUGCAAUUGCAUUGACUGCAAAAACCAAAGCUGUAGAGAUGACAAAGAGAUGAGCCACAUUUUUAACAAUUUUGCAAUGUCACAGCCAUUAUAUGGAUAUCUUCACAGGCUUAUAAAAAAAAAAAGUGCAUUUAUUGUUAAUUUAUGUUAAUAUAUUAGCCUCUAACUGUGGAUUGUGCAUUUUUAACCCGUUUACAAUGAACUACAGAAACUGCUUACAGUUUAAUAAUAAGUAAAAAAUAAUAAAAUCGUUUCACAAA